AUGUUAGUGCUAUGCAAAAAGUUUUUGUUAUCUUUCGAAAUUCCCUUUAGUCAAAUUCAGAAAAUUACAUCUCGUUCUUCAGGUCCAGGAGGACAAAGUGUCAACAAAGCAGAAACAAAAGUACAACUUCGAUUUAAUGUUGACACAGCAAAAUGGAUACCCCCCAUGGUUAAGGAAAAUUUAAAAAAAUUGCAGAGAAACAGGCUGAACAAACAUAAUGAACUCAUUAUUGAAUGCGAAGAAACUUCAUCACAGAUAUCCAACUACAAAAUUUGCGCAGAUAAAUUAAGGGCAAUUUUGAAAGAAGCUGAAGAUUACAAAAAAAAAACAAAAUAUACAUCAGUUAAGGAUUUCAUUCACUUAAUAAAAACAGAUGAACAGAUAAAAUGUUAUAAGGAUACUCUAAUUAAGCAGAAGAAAAAACGAAGAGAAAGGAAAUUUAAUAAAAGAGACUAUGAUUGA